AUGACCACCGAAGAGGCUGUCCAGGCGGCGAAGGCCUACCUUUCAAAGUCUGAAAAUGGCGAGCCCUCAGCGUACGACCACAUGGUCUCGCUCAUCAGAAACCUCAUCACCGAGCGACCUCCCAAUCCUUACCAGGAUAUGGAGUCAAUCUCUCGGGACCUCAAGAAGAACUCCUCCAAGCCUGAUGGAGAUAUUCUUCGGGACGUUUCUGAUGCUUCGGUGGCACUGAAAAACGCGGAGUUGCAGAAGACGCUCUUCUCGCGGCCCGACGAAGAUGGCGAAGAAGCCGAGGCGGAUGACGGCGAAUGCAUUAUUCCAGAUAUUCGUCAGCUCGCCAAUGACUUUGAAGAGACUGGCAUCUGUCUUGGACGCGAUGAGCUCUUCCGAAUCUACCUCGCAUUAAAGAAAUUGACAGAGACCCUUCCUCUCGCCAAGUGCCGCUUCUGGGGUAAAAUCCAUGGACGAAACCAGAAUUACAUUGUUGCCGAAACUCAGUUCCGAGAAGGCGAAGAUGAAGAAGAAAAGGAAGAGGAAGAGGAGGAAGAAAAUGAAGACGAAAACGAAGAAGAUAAUGAUGAAGAAAAUAACGAGGAUGCUCUACCCAAGUCCGCAUGGAAACCACCUCCACCAAUCCCAUCUGAAGAUCGAUCUACUGGUGCUAACAAGUUUGUCUACUUCGUUUGCAAUAACCCUGGUGCUGAAUGGACCCGACUUCCAGAUGUGACACCAGCUCAGAUCGCUGGUGCUCGACAAAUCAAGAAAUUCUUCACUGGUGACUUGAAGACUGAAAUCUGCGCCUAUCCCCCAUUCCCAGGAAACGAAGAGAACUAUCUUCGAGCGCAGAUUGCUCGAAUUUCCGCUGGUACUCAAGUUUCCCCACUUGGAUUCUACCAAUUUGAUGAAGAUGAUGAAGGAGGAGAGGACGAAGAGGAGUUCAAAUCAAAUUACAUCGAGAACCCUGAAUUCGACGGCAUCCCAGUCCGCGACUUGGCCGAUCCUUCCCUCGCCAAUUGGGUGCAUCACACAUCUCACAUUCUCCCACAGGGUAGAACUGUUUGGCACAACACCAACCAGAAACCCGAGGAGGGCGAUGACGAAGAGGAGGACCAGGAAGACCUCAUGGACGAGAUCGAGCCUGAACAGGGUCCCUCUCUUUUGACUUCCAUCUCUGAGGAUGCCGAGGUCGACAACAUGCCCGCCUGGACUGCUCGAUUGUCUUCGAAUCUUGUCCACGCUGAUCACGCUCUUGCCGUGCUCAAGUCCAACCUCUGGCUCGGCGCCACCGCCUUCUCCAAUGGAAAGCGAUUCGAAAACGUUUACAUCGGAUUUGGUCUGAAGUACAACGCUGAUAACUACUCGCCACCAAUCCCACCACCCUUCCAGACAGAAUACCAGGUCGGCCCCGAAAUCACCGAGGUAGAGGACCCCACCGUCGAGGAAGAGCAAGCCUUCAAGAAAGCACAAGAAGAAGAGCUCAUGAACGCCGAAGACAUGGAUGAGGAAGAGUUCGAAGACGAUUAA